AUGGAGAAGCAGGCCCUGCCAGCCUCCUCCUGCUCUCUGGUUCUCCUGGAGGAGACCAAGAAGAACCCCCUCCUCCUGUCUAAUGGCGGUAGUGGCGGUGGUGGUUACCCACCUGCGGCCUCUAAUGGCAGCCUGGUCCCGCUGACCGCAGUGGUGGCGGGGUCCGGCAGCAGCGGCGGCAGUGUGUCAGGAGGUGCCUGUGGUGGACCAGACAAAAAAGUGGUGACGGGGGCGGGGCCAGGAUACCAGGAGCGGGAGACGUGGACGAGGCAGAUGGACUUCAUCAUGUCCUGCGUGGGCUUCGCCGUUGGACUUGGAAACGUGUGGAGGUUCCCGUACCUGUGCUACAAGAACGGAGGAGGCGUCUUCCUGAUCCCCUACCUGCUGUUUAUCUUUGUCGGAGGAAUCCCGAUCUUCUUCCUGGAGAUCGCUCUGGGACAGUUCAUGAAGGCCGGCAGCAUCAACGUCUGGAACAUCGCUCCGCUGUUUAAAGGUCUAGGUUAUGCAUCCAUGGUGAUCGUGUUUUUCUGUAACACCUACUACAUCAUGGUGUUGGCCUGGGGCUUCUACUACCUGAUCAAGUCCUUUAACUCCACACUCCCGUGGUCCACCUGUGACAACGAAUGGAACACGCCCAACUGCAUUGAGAUCUUCCGUCACGAGGACUGCAAGAACGGCAGCCUCGCCAACGCCACCAUCAGCAGCAACAUGACCUGCGCCGAGAUGGCUGAUGCACGAUCGCCUGUCAUCGAGUUCUGGGAGAACAAGGUGCUGAACAUUUCCUCUGGUUUGGAUGAAACCGGACAGUUUAACUGGGAGCUCAUGUUGUGUUUGAUGGCCGUCUGGGUUAUGGUUUAUUUCUGCGUCUGGAAGGGCGUCAAAUCCACUGGAAAGAUUGUGUACUUCACAGCCACCUUCCCUUACGUGGUCCUCAUCAUCCUGCUGGUCAGAGGAGUCACACUUCCCGGAGCCUACGACGGCAUCAUGUACUACAUCAAACCUGAUUGGUCCAAACUGGAGGAGGCGCAGGUGUGGAUCGACGCCGGCACACAGAUCUUCUUCUCCUACGCCAUCGGGCUGGGAGCUCUGACCGCUCUGGGCAGCUACAACCGCUUCAACAACGACUGCUACAAGGAUGCCUUCGUCUUGGCUCUGAUAAACAGUGGAACCAGUUUCUUUGCUGGUUUUGUUGUGUUUUCUAUUCUGGGCUUCAUGGCUGCUGAGCAGGGAGUCGACAUCUCGCAUGUCGCUGAGUCAGGUCCAGGUCUGGCCUUCAUUGCGUAUCCGAAGGCGGUCAGUCUGAUGCCGGUGGCUCCUCUGUGGGCGGCGCUCUUCUUCUUCAUGCUGCUGCUGCUCGGACUCGACAGUCAGUUUGUUGGGGUGGAAGGUUUCGUAACUGGAAUCCUGGAUCUGUUUCCUGGAAAACAUUACCAUCGCUACAAAAGGGAGAUCUCUGUGGCUAUAUGCUGUUUACUGUGCUUCAUUAUUGACCUCUCAAUGGUGACGCAGGGAGGGAUGUACGUCUUCCAGUUGUUUGACUACUACUCGGCCAGUGGGAUGACUCUGUUGUGGCAAGCAUUCUGGGAAUGCAUAGUAGUUGCCUGGGUCUACGGUGCUGACCGCUUCAUGGACGAUGUGGCUCGUAUGAUUGGCUACCGGCCUUUCCCCUGGAUGAAGUGGUGCUGGUCCUUCAUUACUCCGUGUGUCUGCAUGGGCAUCUUCCUGUUCCACCUGGUGAACUACAAGCCGCUGAACUACAACAACACGUACGUGUACCCGUGGUGGGGCGAGGUGAUUGGCUGGUGUCUGGCUCUGUCCUCCAUGCUCUGCAUCCCCGUCAGUCUUCUCUACAAACUCUUCAGAGCCAAGGGAACCUUCAGAGAGCGCUGGGCUCACCUGACCACUCCGGUGUGGGGGGCCCAUCACCUGGAGUACAUGGCCCCCGACAUCAAGUCCCUGAGCUCGCUGUCCCCCGGCACCGACGACAAUAAGGUCAUCAUCUUCGAGAGCGUCAUGUAGGCCACCAAUCACAGCGCUCCAUCUCCAUCUCCGUCCAUCCCACCUGCGACAAGAUGGCCGACACCUCAGCACCUCCAGAUUCACCUCCACCCUGUACCACACCUCAGUGAUCCAUCGGCCUUGGAUUAACUGAUUGAUUGAUUGGCUCCUUCCUGAAUUACCUGAUGGAUGUGUCGUCGUCUUCGGCUCCUUCAAACGUCAUCAGGCACCAGAGCUACAAAGAGUUUUCAAUAAAAGAACAAAGCAGCUCCUCCAGGAGGGUUUUAUAAUCACAGCAGCUUCCUUUUCCCAGAUUACCACUAAAUUAGAGAUUAAAACCAGCAGAUCACUCGGUUCUCGGACUGUAAAGGGCUUCGACUCGACUCCUCCGGUUCUCACCAUGAAAAUGUAAAUAUCAUUCGUCACUGCUUCAAGGAUCAAAUCAAACUAUAACGUUUCACAAACCCUGGAGGAGCUGAAGAAGAACAUCCGAGAGAUUCCCUAAACGCUGCUGAACGUCGGGCUUCCUCCAUGUUGGAUGAAGAGCAUCGGUCUCGUCUUGUGGUGGGCGGGAUGGACGUGCAGACACACACCUGAGAGACGGCCAUCACACACACACACACACACACACACACACACACACACACACACACACACAGCUUCAUGACUUCAUCAUCAAACCAACAGUAAACAUCAACAGAUCAACAGGCAAGUCUAAAGGUGUGGGUCAGAUUUAACAGGUUGUGUGUAACGUGUGUGUGUGUGUGUGUGUGUGUGUGUGUGAGUGUGAGUGUAUGAUGGCUGUUUAUUAAGACAGAGUUGUAGACACACAGACUGACUGACCCCCAGAAAAUCCCCAGAGGUCUUAAAAACCUUAGAGAACGUUCUGCUCUUCAGUCAAAUGUGCGGCUGGGUUUAAUUCCUGGAGUUCGUUCCUCCAGUUUUGUUGAGACAAACUCAGAGUUUGUCGGCAGGACUUAAGUGUAAAAGAAUGUUCCUGUUACGGAGCAACCAGCGGUCCAUGAACUCACCACGCUGCCAGGAGUCCUGAGAUCAGCCAGCUGACGUCUUUCAGCCUGUUUGUGACUCUGAUUGUUUCGGAUCUAAAUUCAGUUUGACUCAAACCGUCGUCCUGAUGUUUGGCUUGUGUCGACACAUCGACACAGCUUGUGCGCUCCUGAAGCUAAAAACUGUGAAUCACCAGCUCCUAAAUCUGAUCCCAGAGCAGCGUGGGGUUCUCUGACCGCUGACCUCCGAUCUGUUUUCAACAGUCACACCGAGGCUUGAUUCACUCAGGCGACAACAGAUCUGAUAUCAGAAGGAAACUUUUCAUUUUCAAUUUCAGUUUUUAUAUUUUUGUUUAAAAUGAAUUUUUAUAUCCAGUUUCUGAGAUUGUGUUCACUGACUGACUCUGUGAAGGUGAUCCAGCUCUGAGGAGAAGCCUGAAUCAGUAGAGUCUGCUUGGUAAUACAGUUUCUACUUACUGGUUCCUGAAGCUUUCGACCGCGACUCCUGAGCUUCAUCUUUUACACUCAGCUCCAGUUUGCAGUUUUCUGUGAACAUAAACAAACAGAAACAAAAUGUUUGACUGAAAAGCUCAACUCAACGUCCACUUGCUGUCUCCACCCGGAACAAGUUUGAUCAUUUGAUGAACUGGUUAAUUCAUUUAUCAAGAAGCUGAGAAUCUCUGAAGGAAAGCAGCAGUUUAAAGAAGGCUGUUGUGAUAUUUCACAGAUCAAUACUGUUGAUCGAUUAACAGAGAAAAUAAUCAGCAGAUGAACCUGGAACAAAAUCAUCUUGACCACAAGCAGCUGAUCCAGGUUCAGUCUGUGAACACAAACAGAAAAUAACGUUCUCAGAAUAAAUGUGAGGUCACAGUGGAUCUGACCUUUAACCUUUCAUGUUCAGUAUCUGACCUCCUCUUGAGGAGCUUCAGGCCUGUGUGAGAAUCAGGUCAAAGGUCGGGCUUCGUUCUGUGUCCGUCCCCCCCCCCCCGACCUGCCCGUCUACCCGCCGGGGAUCGACUCAAGUGCCAAACGGAGCAGGACUGAUCUGAGACCAGGCUCCAGGCUGCCAACCUGUUCACUCUUCUUCUUCUCUGCCUCAUAUUCAUCCGUUCAUCUCUAACGCUGAGGUCGUCCCGCUCUUGUCCUUUACAGCUGAUCCAUGUCACCUCGCAGGAAAACACAAAGAACCUGGUUUCAAAUAAAAAGUCAAAUUACAGCUUUGAUAAUAAAACUUUUCGAUCUCGUCUUUAACUCAACAGCUGACCCAAAAACUGUUCCUGUUGCUCAGUUUGAUUUGGACUUGAUUCGUAAAAAAUGCAGCAAAAUGGCCACCAGACAAACACGUGAGGAACUCAUCUGCAGCUCAGUUUGCUUCGUGUGUGAUGACGCUGACACUAACAGAACAUGUCAGCUUCUGAAAAACUUUUCUGUCCAAGAAAAUCCAGAUUCUGUUCAGACGUCGUCACAAAACUGAUUUAAAGAUUUAGAUGUUUGUUUAAUGGAAUCCUGAACAGAUGCGUCUAAAAGUUCAUGUUAGAGAUGCACCGAUGAAACUGGGUCAAUACUGAUGAUUAAAAUAACUGUUGUUGGUGUGUCUUUCUGUGUUUGUUUAUUCCCCCGUUGUUCCAGGGAAACAAGGAAAUUACACAAAUAGCUGAACAGUUUUAAAUUCAUUCAGUCCUUCGUUCCUUUAAAUGAGCACAAAUUCAAUCAGACACAUUUACGAACGACCUUUCAAACAACUGCUUCAAAAGUCUUUUUACUAAAUAAAUCAUAAAAAACUACAUUUUACAAGAUUACACUGAACGCAUCAUGAAAACAUUAAUGAUUAUUAGUUAAUAAUUUAGCUUCGCCCAAUAAACACAUCAUAACAUAACUCAGCGUGACCUCCGUCAGCUGUUAGCUUUGGCCACCAUCUGCUAACAGCUAACGUUAACUAGCGGCUAACAGCUAACAUUAACUAGCUGCUAACAGCUAACGUUAACUAGCCG